GCCCCAUUAGCACACGGCCCCUCACUAAGCCGGUCUCCUUCAUCACUGAUCAUGGCAUCCAACGGUACUCACGACUUCAUCCAUAUCACAACCCCACACUCUAGGGCGCCCAGUAUGGUUCAGGAGGCGCCAGCACCCGCUCUACGUCCACGUUUUCCAGUGAGGAAACAAGCCCCUCAGAGAAACAUUGAUGAAUUCUGGCACAAGUUCACUACGAAACACCCUGGCAAGAUAUUUACUAUCUUACCCGACAACCUUUAUGCCAAGCGCGCCGCUGCACAUGCGCCUAGGGGCUCCAUUGCCGGAGUCAAUGCACUUGCGUCCUACGAGGAAGCUAGGGAGGCAUGCACUAGAAAGGUGGCCAAGAUCGUCAAGGAAUGCCGACGCCUGAACCAAAAGUACCGAGACCCGCAUUUUGACAUAGAAGCCGAUUUCAAGCGCCACCAGGCGUUCCCAGAUACACCACCCGACUGUCUUACCGGUCUUAAUGAAGAAAAGACUGAAUUCAAUCCCUUGUCAGUCAAGCGGGUAGAGGACAUUUUCGACCAUCCACAGUUCCUCAUAGAAGGCGCCACAGCCAACGACGUACGGCAAGGGAAUGACGACGGCGAAUGGAUAUCCGAGGUUAUCGACGACAAAUUGUAUCUUAUCAAAGAGGACUUCGACGAGGCAAAACUCGAACGCCACCACUGGCUAGAAUUACAGAACCGUAAAAGUCCAGAGGAUGAAUACCGUACAGUCAUGCAGACUGGUUCCCGAGCGCUAUAUUUUGCACAGUGUAGCGAUCCCAAUGAGACCUGGCUUCCGUUACUCGAAAAAGCUUUCGCAAAGGCGCACGGCGACUACAGUGCGAUCGAAGGAGGCUUCGUGGGCGAAGGUAUUGAAGACCUCACAGGAGGAGUUACCUCCGAAAUCUUCGCAACAGAUAUCCUGGACAAGGACAAGUUUUGGCGCGAGGAGCUCAUGAAUGUCAACAAGACUUUUCUGUUCGGAUGUGGUCAGAUGGGUGGCAUCUACGGGGCACGAAAAGGCAUCCAAGAGAAGCACGCUUACUCCAUCAUGGAGGCUCGUGAAGUUGAUGGUCAGCGACUAUUGAAGCUCCGCAACCCCUGGGGGCGUUCAGAGUGGACUGGUCGCUGGAGUGAUGGAUCCGAGGAGUGGACUCCGGAGUGGAUGAAGAAGCUCAACCAUAAGUUCGGUGACGAUGGUGUCUUCUGGAUCUCCUACCAAGAUAUUUUGCGCACCUAUCAACAUUUUGAUCGCACAAGGCUCUUCGGACCAGAGUGGACCGUGUCUCAGCAGUGGACGAGCGUCAACGUUCCUUGGAGUGUUGACUACCUCGAUACCAAGUUCAAAAUCCAUCUCGCCAAGGGUGGUCCUGUCGUCAUCGUGCUUAGCCAGCUCGAUGAUCGCUACUACGAGGGUCUCGAGGGGCAGUAUGAAUUCAACUUGCAGUUUCGUCUGCACAAAGACGACGAGGAAGAAUACAUUGUCCGCAGCAACGGUACAUACUACAUGAAACGGUCUGUCUCUACUGAGCUGGAUCUUGAAGCCGGCAAUUACACUGUCUUGCUCAAGAUCAAAGCCACUCGGAGCGCGGAAAAGCCCACGCCAGAUGAAGUUAUCCGGGAAACGUGCACCAAACGGCGCGAGAAGCUGCUAUCGAUUGGUCUGUCCUAUGAUCUUGCCCACGCCAAGGGACAAUUCAGAGAGCAAGAAGAGGACAUGCAACAGCGUCUCAAGGAGCAGAAGAUCGAACGCAAGAAACUGGAGAUGAAGCAAUCGUACGAGCGCGGCAAGAGACUACGGAAAAGGGCUGAGCUCCGUGAACAAAAGAAGGCUGCCAAGGAAACUCGUAGACUCAACAGGGCCGGCGAUAUGCAGGAAAUUACGAGAAAGCUGCAAGACCUGCCUGGCCUUGGUAUCAAUGUCGAGGAAGAGAACCGUGUCUCGGGUGACGACGAAGCCAAACCACUUCACCAAGCUGUUUCAAGACAUCAUCGCGGAUCAAGUACAGGCUCUCUCCGCGAGCGGUCGGAAAGCCCUAGUGGCGGUUUCGGGGGCCGAGGGGGAUACAACAAAGGCCGUGAUGGAUACAACGUGGCGUUGCCAGGAGCACUACAAGGUCGUGGUGGUUACAAUCGCGACACUCAUGGCAACGCCAUGUCCGAAACGUUGGCUCUCCAAGGCCGCGGUGGAUACAAUCACAGCCCACAAGGGUCUUCCAAUGCUCACAGCCAAGGUUUCCAAGGACGUGGAGGUUACAACCAGAACAUGUCUGGCGAGCUACAGGGCAGGGGAGGGUACAACCAAAACAUGCCCGUCUGCGUCGUCAGCCUCCGCGUUUUCAGCAAAGACAACACCGAUGUCACCAUUGAAGUCCAGAAUGGUGAAGGGGAUCGCCGCAAGAAGAACGAUGGCGACGAUGCUAGUGUAGCUAGCAUGGGCAUAGCGAGGAGGAAAGAAAAGGAACUAGAUGUGGACGAUAGUGCUGCGGAUGCUACCAGCCCGAUGCGUACCAGGAGCACAGGGCUUGAUGAUGAGCUCAUCAAACGGUCCAGGACCGAGGAAGCGGAGUUGGUGAGCCAGGUGGGAACUGCACCGGCGGGAAUGGAGAGAAGUCGCCAGGGAACAUUGAGUUAAACACCAGUAGAAGUUUGAGGGGGGUGAGUUGCUCUUAGAUUGAAGAUACUUUGGGGAAGCCCUGGUGGUUCACGGUACUUUCGGCUCAACGUGGCGUUCUCGGUAAUGACUUUACCUGUCUUUGAAGAGUA